AUGCGUAGGGAUACACACCGGAGCAGGUGCGAGCUGGCGCGGUGCAACGCAUACAAGACCGAGGCGCUGACGGUCUUAGCAUCCCGCAAUGCGGCAGCUGCGCAGGGCGUGAAAGCAGGAGAGGGAGGCAUUGACGAGGACCUGGAGACGGCGACUUACACCGGGGUUACCAUCGAGAAGGCUACUGGAAAGUGGGGGGCAAAGAUAUUGACGUGGGAGGGGGAUAAACGGCGGCAGCAUCGGCUUGGCGCUUACACGACCCCGAAAGAGGCCGCCGUGGCGUUUGCGGCAGCUGCUCAUGUGCUGCGACACGGUGAGGAGAUGGAGAAUACCAUCCCCCUGACAGAUAGGAGAGUGGACGGCAAGGCUGCUGGUGGCGGGGAUGUUGAAGCGACGGGGAGUGAUGGUGCAGGAACUGGACAAACAGAGCCGGUCGAACUCGUGGAGAACGAAGGGCAGUCCCAGGGUGCUAGCGGCAAAGAGGAUGAUGGGGGGGUGGAUGAGAACGAAGAGGGGGAUGAGGGGGAUGAGGGUGAUGAGGGGGAUGAGGAGUACGUUGGUGAGGAGGGUGGUGAUGACGAUGGAUCAGAGUAG